AUGACCAACAUGCAAUCAGAGAUUGCUAGACUCAUGAAGACACAGGAAAAUAUCACUUGUGUUGAUCAGAAGGGCUUAAUGGAAACUGAAGAAGAGUUAGCCCCAAUAUUGGACUUAAAAUGUAAAAACAUAUCCGCAGUCUUUAUGAAAAAGUUUAAGGUUUUGAUGGAAAUCCAAGACCUGAUGUUUGAAGAAAUAAGGGGAACUCUUAAAAAUGACCUAAAGGAGAUUCUAAGAGUAGAAAAUAUAGUACCUGAAGUGAAAAGUUCAGAGAACAGCAAUAGCAGGGAAGAAAAACAACAAAUAAAAGAUGAAGCCUCACUGAAAACAGGGUUGGCUGAGAAAAUAGGAGGAAACGCAAAAGUAGUUGAAGAUAUUGAAAGUUUAAUCUCUGAAAGAAAAAUAGAUGAGCUCAGUAGCAAAAUAGGCAAAGAUAGUGGAGAAGAUAAACUGGUCAAAGAAAUGGGAAAUGGAAAUAAACUUAGGAACUUCACAAAUGAAGAAAAAAUUCCAAAAGCAUCCAGACAGGAAAAAGACUUGCUUGAGGAAGGAGCAGUACUGACACUAGCAGCAGACUUCUCAUCAGCAGCACUGGAUAUUAGUAAGCAAUGGAGUAAUACAUUCAACAUUCUGAGAGAAAAUGAUUUUGAACCUAAGUUUCUAUGCCAACUUAAGUUAGCAUUUACAUGUGAUGGUGAAAUAAAGACAUUUUCAGACUUGAAAAGCCUCAGAACAUUCAUCAGCCAAAAAUCUGUUAUGAAAGAAUUACUGAAAGAUGUAUUCCCACAAAAUGAAGAAAGAAGAUAUGAAAUUCAAAGAGAAGUGGGCAAUAUCCUAACAGACUCCAAGCAUGGAGUUGGAGAAACAGCAAGUGAUGGCUUGAGCUUUCUCUUUGUUAAAGAGGUAAAAGUUGCUAAGCCUGGGGAAGUGCAGAGCUUAGAGGCCCAGAAAGAAGAGUCUUCAGCAUGGAAAAAACACAAAACCCCUAAGCUGGAGGAAGAAGAGGCCUCAGAGGUGGAGGACGUGGAGGAAAUGUCCUCAGGGCUGGAGGAGGAGGAAGAAGGGGGAGAAGAGAUCUCAGAACUCGAGGAGGAGGAGGAAGAAGAGGGAGAAGAGACCUCAGAACUAGAAGAGGAAGAGGAAGAAGAGAUCUUAGGGCUGGAGGUGAAGGACUCAACUUCUCAGGGUCGUGCUGUGGUAGAUACAAAGUAUGAAGUUGAGGAACUCACUGAUGAUGGCUCCAAGACUGUUUUCAUGGAUAAGGAGAAGAGUGGGAAUUUCCUCACUGUUGUGUUGUCUUGA